AGGGUAAAUUCCUUGGGUUUCAGCAAUAGUCAGUCACUGUACUGACUUUACAGUAAUUUGUGCUAACAGUUAUCCGUUUGAUUAAGAAGUGGUGGAUAAGUUCUUGUUGUGUGUUUGCAAAUAUUACAGAAUGAUAUAGGGAAUAUUUAAUUUCAUUUGUGACAUCCCUGUUUGCGUGACGUCAGACAUCGGCUUUGUCAGCUGUUGCGAAUUAUAGUUGUGCUUUGAGGCCAUAGGAGGCUGAUACAAGCAGAAUUCUAGUCAAAAGUUAUAUUUCUUUGAUUUUUAUACGUAUAGCAGCAAGUUUCUAGUCUAAAAUAAACACGUGUGAUAUAGUAAUAUAAUAAGACUUUAUAAUGCGCAUUACCAGUGUCCUGUAAAAUGGCUGAAUCAAAGACAAGUGUUUCAUUUGUGUGCCAAAGAUGCCUACAGCCACUAAAACUCGAUUCAUCCUUCGGAAACUUGAGAGAACACACACUGGCAGAAUUAUCUCUUCCAAUUCAUGCAGCACCAGAAGUCGACUUAGAAUCACAGGCUGGCAGCUUGGACCGAUAUGUCCCAGCUUUCCGUUUGACUGAGUCUGGAAAUGGUGCCAAUGGCUUUAUGCUAGUUGAUGAUGAAGGUGAAACCAAGAGCUUGAGUCAUCACAUAGGGGUGACUGCAAGUUUGUUUGAUAUCCUCUCAAGCAACUCACAUGUGGACCAUCCUUUGUGUGAAGAAUGCACUGAUGCAUUACUGGACCUUAUGGAUCAGCAGCUGAAACUUACGGAAGAUGAAUGGAAUGAUUACAACCAAUUUCUGAAGAGAUUAGAGGCUGAAGACGAAGAUCAGGGUAUUGAGUCCUUGGAAAAAGAGUUGGGAGAUUUGAAGGCUGAAGAGCAACGCCUCCUGCAGGAGUUAGCAACACUUCAAGAAGCAGAAUAUGCUACCAAGAAAGCUAUUGCAGAACAAAAAGCAGAACAUGAAAGGUUGGAUGGUGAGGAGGAUCGUUAUUUGUGUGAAUACACCAGGCAUCAACAUGACCAGAUUUUAACUGAUGAUGAGAUUGUAAGUUUGAAAUGCCAGUUGCAUUAUGCCCAAGCUCAACUAGAGAAGCUGAAGAAGACAAAUGUUUUUAAUGCAACGUUUCACAUCUGGCACAGUGGUCAUUUUGGUACCAUCAACAAUUUUCGCUUAGGACGUCUGCCUAGUGCACCAGUGGACUGGAGUGAAAUUAAUGCAGCUUGGGGUCAGACAGCUCUUCUACUCACUGCUCUUGCUCGUAAAAUGAAUUUGACCUUUCAGCGGUUCCGUCUUGUGCCCUAUGGAAACCACUCAUAUAUUGAGGUACUGGCUGAACACCGUGAAUUACCAUUGUAUGGCUCAGGUGGUUUUCGAUUUUUGUGGGAUACAAAAUUUGAUGCUGCCAUGGUUGCAUUCCUUGACUGUCUGCAGCAGUUUAAAGAGGAAGUUGAAAAGGGUGACUCUGGAUUCUGUCUCCCAUACCGCAUGGAAAGAGGCAAGAUUGAAGAUUCUGCCACUGGAAAUUCAUACUCUAUCAAGAUCCAGUUCAAUUCAGAGGAACAAUGGACUAAAGCUCUUAAAUUCCUCUUGACAAACCUCAAAUGGGGACUUGCUUGGGUCAGUUCUCAGUUCACCAAGGAUGAGGCAGAUACAGUACAACAAUGAAUUGUGUUUGUAUUACCACAAAAAAGAAGUUAAAAAUGCAUAAGUACAGUGCAUUCAGUGAUACAUAUAAUUGUCAUUUCCCAGCACCUAGCAGGAACUCUCCGUUCCUGUUGGAUCCUGGUGUUGGUGCUUUUCUUCAAGAUUUACGAGAUUUUCCUGACAUGAGCCAAGUAUCACAGCACAGAAACAACAAAAUCAUUUACCUAUAUUAUGAGAGGUUCUGAAAAUGAUGUCCCUAUACUCUCUGUACCAUUUAAAUAAGUUGAAAUUCUUCUCAGGAACUUCCAAAUUUCUUUAUGUAGAUUUUGUUCUUCAGUUUACAUGAUGAAUAAAAGUUUUAUGAGAUAAGACAAGGUGAGCGUUAUGGUUGUAAACCAUAGUUUAUUAUAUUUCCUCUAGUUUUACUUAAGUAAGCACACAGCAUUUUCUUAGCAUGUUGGUUGUCCAAAAAUGACCCAGUAGACCUGACUUUAUUAAUAAUAUUAUAAAGAUUAAAUUUUCUCCAAUUCUUUGUAGUAGGACACUUCAUAUAGAAAUCACACUGUCAACACACAACAAAAAACAGCACUUAACAUGAUGUUCAACACAGUUGCACUGUCUGUGAAUAAUUUUAGUGAUGAUUGUUGGUGUUUGUCAGUGAGUCAUGCAGUUCCUGCCAGGAGCUGGGAAGUGAUUGUUAAAUUCUGAUUUAUUAUCAAACACAUCAUAAAAUUUUCAGUUUUAUAAAUUGUAUAUUAGUAAAUAAAGUGUGUAUUAAUGUAACUAGAA